AUGCUCUUCCUCGUCUUCGUCCUCCAUUUCCUCUUAAUUCUUCUUCUUCUUCUCCAUCGAGCUUUAGCCUAUCCUCGCCGUCGCCGUCGUUGCCCUCCUCCUCCUCCUCCUCCUCAUACUCCUACCUCCAUUCCCCUCCUGCCCUUCUUCUUCUUCUUCUUCUUCUCCUUCUUAUUCUUCCUCGUCUUCUUCUUCUUCGUCUUCUUCUUCUUCUUCCCUCCCCUCUUCUCCUUCCUUUUGCUUACUCCCGUCCUCGUCGUCGUCAACGUCCUCCUCCUCCUCCUCCCCCUCCUUCUUAUUCUUCUUCUUCUUCUCCUCGUCCUCCUCCUCCUCCUCCUCCUCCUCUUCUUCCUCCUCCUCCUCCUCCUCCUCCUCCUGCUCGUGAGGAAAGCCAAAAUAGUCGGGUAG